AUGGCCUUCGCCAUGCUCCGGCCGGUGUCCACGCGCCUCUUCUCCUACCCCGGGGACCUGACCGCGGUGUCGGACGACGAGGAGGGGAACCGCAGCGAGAGCGACGGCAGCACGGAUCAGGGCUACGACUGCUGCGGACCCCCCGCGGGGAGCUGCAGGCGCGGGCCCGGGGGCGUGGUGGUCCGGCAGCGGAACGCCGCGAACGCCCGGGAGAGACACCGGACCCAGAACGUGAACACGGCCUUCACGGCUCUGCGGACGCUCAUCCCCACCGAGCCGGUGGACAGGAAGCUCUCCAAGAUCGAGACGCUGCGCCUGGCGUCCAGCUACAUCGCGCACCUGGCCAACGUGCUGGUGGUCGGGGACGGACGGGAGGACGGCCAGCCGUGUCUGAGCGCGGUCUACAAGGAGGUGGCGGCGGCCGGAGGCGGCAAACAGCCCCGGAGCAUCUGCACAUUCUGCCUGAGCAACCAGCGCAGAGCGGUCAAGGACCGAAGAGACUGUGUGAAGAUGCAUGGGAGCAGUGUGAGACAGAUCAGUCGGCGGUGAGAGCCCGACAGG